CUCCGGUGUUGCCACACAGAGCAGCCAUUCAUCGGCUCUACAGUCAGCCACACACACUUCCAUGCUGAACCGCUGGACAUCUAAAUUGAUAUAGCUGCUAUUGCUGAGAAAGGACUUCUAGCCGACGGUGGAAAGGAUUUGGACACAUUUUACGCAGCAGUAUGGCUUUGCCUGAGACGACUCAGCAAUAACUGGGAUCGUUGGAGACUCCAGACUUUCAGUUAAAACCAUUUAAUCGCGUCGAAUCGUUUGGACUCUCUCUCUAAAACUAGUUUUGCAUCAGAGGGUUGCUGCGUUAUUAGUUUAAAUUAUAAUUAUUAUUUUUUAAAAUGUCCGGCGAGGAGCACAGCCUGUCCGAGGCGGAGCUGAGUCCCGGAGGGUCAGACGAUGGUCACUCGCUGUCACCGACUCAACCCGGAGCUCCACCCGGCCAGCGCUCACCUCUGACCGGGCCGCCACAGCAGCUGACCGCGCUCUGCGUGGCGGAUGGCAGCGGGGACGAUGAAGGCAGAGCCAGAGCCAAAUCAGAGGAAGAGGACGACCGCUUCCCGAUCGGAAUCAGGGAGGCGGUCAGCCAGGUGCUGGACGGAUAUGACUGGACACUUGUGCCCAUGCCGGUGCGCGUAAACAACGGAAACAAAGCUAAACCCCACGUCAAAAGGCCCAUGAACGCCUUCAUGGUGUGGGCGCAAGCAGCUAGGAGGAAGCUGGCCGACCAGUACCCCCACCUGCACAACGCAGAGCUCAGCAAGACCCUCGGCAAACUGUGGAGGCUGCUGAACGAGAACGACAAGAGGCCAUUCAUCGAGGAGGCAGAGAGGCUGAGGAAACAGCACAAGAAGGACUACCCGGAGUACAAGUACCAGCCCCGGAGACGCAAAAACGGCAAACUUACGACUACGAGUGAGUCCGACAGCCAAGGAGAAGGGGAGGCCAGCCACUCCCAGUCACACUACAAGACCCUGCAUCUGGAACACAAUGGCGGGGCUGGGUCUCCAUUGGGUGACCUGCACCACCACCACCAUCAUCACCACCAUCCUGCUGGUCAGGGUCACAGCCCACCCACACCCCCCACCACCCCAAAGACAGAGCUCCAGUCUGGUAAACUGUCAGACGGCAAGAGGGAGGGGGGAGCAGGAGUGGCUGGAGGAUCAGGGGGAUCAAGGGGGGCCCUUGGGGUGGGAGCUGAGGGGGCAUCCGGUGGUCCGUCAUCAUCAAGUGCUAAACCCCACAUCGACUUCGGCACCAUGGACAUCGGCGAGAUCAGCCAUGAGGUGAUGUCCAACAUAGAGCCGUUCGACGUGAAUGAGUUCGACCAGUACCUCCCACCCAACGGCCACCCUCAGAGCGGAACCGGGGCCCCUGCAGGCGGAUCCUCGGCCUCAUCCUAUGCCUACGCCCUGGCAGCUGCUAGCGGGCACUCUGCCUGGCUCUCCAAGCAGCAGCAGCAGCAGCCUCAGGCCUCUCCGUCUUCCUCCGACCCCUCCAAGGCUCAGAUCAAGAGUGAGUCUGCGUCCGGAAGCCACUAUGCAGAGGCCUCAUCCUCUCCCUCCUCAGGCACCCAUGUCACCUACACCCCGCUUAGUCUCCCUCACUAUGGCUCUGCUUUCCCCUCGCUGGCCUCCAGGGCUCAGUUUGAGUACGGAGAGCACCAGGCCCCUGGGGCGUACUAUGCCCACUCCAGCCAGGCCCCUGGGCUGUACUCAGCCUUCUCCUACAUGGGCCCUACACAGAGGCCUCUGUACACGACCAUAGGAGACCCCUCCAGCGUUGCCCCCUCUCACAGCCCCACACACUGGGAGCAGCCUGUUUACACCACACUCACAAGACCUUGAGGGAGACCAGCUGAGCAGAGGGAAAUAUGGGAAGCGUGUGAGUGAAUCUGUGUGUGCGAAAUAUGUGAAUGUGUGAUUAUGUAUGUCUCUGUAUGUAUGUGUGCCCGUGCCAUAUUGACGUUAUAUUAGAUGUUUGUACUUUUUUAGCCAAUAUAAUGCAAGAUGCAUCCACGGGGCCUUACACAGUUAUAAAAACAGCCACAAGCUCACACAGUAUAAAGUGUGAUUCAUGGGUCAACAGCCAAUCAAAAGCAAGAAAACCUUAACAAACGUGUGCCAUCAUAAAUGUACGAGUUGAAAUGUCAAGUGACAAGAGGACGAUGAUAGAGAGAAAGAGAGAGACACACUUUGGAGUGGACAAAUGUUGGAUUGACUCUGAUUUGACCCAGAAGUGAUGGGUUUUGACUGACAUAAUCAGAUUUUAUUAACCAAACUAAAGGAUGUUUUUUGUGUUAUUUUAUAUGAGUAGUAAGUUUAUUGUCAUUAUUGAUAUCCUAGGGUGUAACUUUAUUGUGACUGAUUUGAUAUUACACAUAUACAUCUGCACCACUGCUUUGGGAAAAAGCAUGUUUUGUUUCACUAAGAUGUUCCCUGUUUUUUUGUUUUUUUUUCAUGGCCAGAAGAGAAUAGCUGCAACUUUUCUUUUUUUUCUUCUUCGUUUCUGUAUAUAGCACAAUGUGUAUCUCUGUUCUAUACAUUGACUUCACUGAACUCAACAAUUAAGCAUUUAAGGGGAAAAAAUAGGAAAAAGAGAGGGAAAGAGAGCUCUUAAAUAUGUAUUUCUCAGACAUUUACCUCAGCUCUGAUCGUUUUGUGCCAAUAGUAAAGGAGAAAUCUGACCCUGGAAACCCGAUCAGCUGCAGAGAUUCAAAAUUUCAGAACCUCCACUUUAGAAUUCUCUCCUUUUUGUUUUUUUUUGUUUUUUUUUUUUGCUUUUUAAGUGCCUAACAGUUUGCUGAUUCACCUCUGAUUUAUCCAAUAACUGAGUUAAAAUCUAUAAGUACAAAGUCUCAACCAAAUCUCUCAAGAUGAUUGGCCAGCUUUGGGUCCUACUUAAGGAUUAGAAUCACAUGUGCGACCCGUUCUGCACUGCAUGUAGGCCAAAACGGUUUCUUCCUAUGUUGUGCCCAAACAGCCUUCUUCCCCCUUCACCAAUGUGAAUAAUGGUCAUUACCACAGCUUCAACUUUAUUAUGUGACACAUACUUUAUCAUUUUAUACUGACCCUUUUACCAUGUAGUUAUUAUUUUUAUGUAAUAAUGCAUUGUGUGUCACACUUUUGCUUCUUCCAUUUUGUAUAAUUCUGGAUAGUUUUGUAAAGUGUUUGCUAUACAUUCACUUGAGUAUUUUUAUGUGCUUCCUUACAAGAAAAGCAAUGUUGAAAUAUUAUUGUUGUCAUCUAUUAAAUCAAUUUAUUUAUAAAAAAAAAAAAAAGAA